CAAAAUGGGUCGGUAAAAUCAAACCCAUUUGUCAACACAUCCUGAAGAUUCCGCCCACGAAUCUCACAUCCAGGCUUCCACCAAAUCUUCCACUAACACUCUCAUCAAUAACUAUAAUUCUAUAAGUAACUCACUCUCCCAAUUACUCCUCCCGCCAAGAACAAAAGCUUCUCCAAAGCCGAUACAAAUACUCCGCAUUUCUUUUCACCAAUAUGGCAUCAUUAACCUCUCUAGUUUUCGUUGCUUUGCUUGUAACUCUAUCCAUUAUUGAAUCCGAGUGCCGGGUUGCGCGAAAGGACUUGGGGGUGGACCUUGGAGGGAUUGGGGUCGGAAUUGGAGCUGGAGUCGGCAUUGGCUUGGGCGGAGGCGGCGGCUCGGGGUCCGGAGCCGGGGCCGGUUCUGGUUCUGGUUCAGGUUCAGGGUCAAGUUCAUCUUCUUCGUCUUCGUCCUCGUCCAGUUCUUCAGGAAAUUCUGGUGCAGGUUCGGAAGCCGGGUCCUAUGCAGGCUCCUAUGCGGGUUCCAGGGCAGGUUCAGGAUCCGGAGGAAACCGGGGAGGUAAUGGAGGUGGUUCAGGAUAUGGUGGGGGACAUGGAGGAGGUUAUGGAAGAGGAAAUGGCGCCGGUGAAGGGUACGGUGAGGGCUACGGUGAAGGUUAUGGCGAGGGCCGCGGCGACUGAGAAUAUUUAUAUUUCCGGGAAAUUUAUCUAGAAGAAGUUUAAAAAUUAAUUAAAUAAUAAUUAUUUUCACCAUUUUUGUAUAAAAAUAAGUAGAUGGUGAAGUUGAGUACCUUUUUUUUUUUUUUUUUUACAUAUUUAUAUAUUUAUCCACUACUUUGUGUAAGAUAUCAAUUCAGAAUGAUGAAUGUGUUAUUUUGAAUUAA